UUAGUAACCUUUUGAAAAUACAGUACAGCUCUGAAUAUCUAUGCCUUGAAAUUAUUAAAUUCGUUAAAAAACCCAAAAAAAAACGUUUAAAGCCCAAAAAAUGGCAUCUUGGUAUAGUGUCGGCUUGGCCGCCCUGCUAUAUAUCCUUUAUCAAUGGAUUUAUUCGCGACCCUUGAAUAUGGACAAGCCCCAGCUGCCUUCGGUGCUGGUACUCAUAGCCGUUAUGGAUAUGAUUGCCCACAACGUUUAUAUUCACAAGGUAUUAACGCGGUCCUACGAGCCCUUCAAGUUCCUCUACGAAGUGGCUUUUGGUAUCUUUUACUUGGAUAUUGGCAUGCGUGAUAUCUGGACUGGACUGGAAACCCAAAUAAUUGUACUAAUUCAGCGCACACUGACCGGCUUGGAACUUGUCUCGGAGGAGAAUUAUUUGCGCCACAAACAGUAUUGGAUUGGCAGCAUUACGCUGCCGUUGUCGCUGCUCAUACUGGUACUGGCUGGCAAGUCGACGAAACACUUCCAAUUGAUACUUGAAGCCGUGCUUGGCAGUAGCGUAAAGUGCACCCAAAAAUCCAAGAAGACUUUGAAAAAUAAAAAACAUCGCCAAGCUGCCACAUAGCCAUUUAAAGUGCUUGUUAGGCAUCCGCAUUGUUAUCGUAGAUGUGGAACCACCUAAUAAACGGCUUAUAGAGAGCUCAACUGUCUUUUAAAUAAUCCAAUUGCAGCUCAAAUAAAAUAUAUACCGAACAUCCUAUGGUAUAAGUGUACCACCAUAGACGAGCUGGAGCUCGAAAACAGAUUUUCCCGUUUUUAAAU